AUGGUUUGGAUCUUAAUUGACGUAUCUUUUGAAUAUGAAGAGAAAUUCGACAUUGAUCAAGAAAGAUUUCAAAAUUUUUCAGAAUCAAUUAGUUUCAAUCAUUAUUCACCAUCUCAAUCCUUUGACACUCAUUCCUCUGAUGAAUAUUUCUCUGAUUCUCAGUCCUCUGAUGCUCACGAUGCAUCGAGAGUUCCCGAAAAUUUUUUUGUUAAGCGUAAAAUUGUUCGAAUACGUGUUGAAUCUCGAGCAAAGUUUCUUGGUCGUAAAAUAGAAUUCUCAAAUUUCGAAUUGAGUCAGCCUAGUUUUAGUUCAAGAUAUAAUCAAGAUAGACAGAUAAUGCAAAUUAAAGCAUCAUCAGAUAACAUGGAUGUAGACUCCAAAGAGUUUAUUGACGUAGUCAAUACGACAAACAGUCAAGAAACUGUGAUUAUUCCAUCGAUCAAUGUCAAUUUAAUUUAUUCAGAUUUCGACACAGAAAGAUUCGAAAAGACAGCAUCAUUGGUGUGGAUUAAAUCAUUAUUUUAUGUUAAUGAUAAAGAGAUUGUAUAUAAAUGGAUUAAAAAUUGCUAUGAUAAAAAACUUCAUAUUGUAGAUAAUUCUUUUCGUGAUUACGAAAUCUAG